AUGGCAACCAUCACCUGCACACGGUUCAGCGAGGAAUAUCAACUCUUCGAGGAACUGGGAAAGGGAGCUUUCUCCAUUGUCCGCAGAUGCGUCAAAGUUUUAUCUGGUCAAGAAUAUGCAGCAAAAAUCAUUAAUACUAAGAAGCUAUCUGCUAGAGAUCACCAAAAGCUGGAACGUGAAGCUCGUAUCUGUCGUCUCCUGAAGCAUCCAAAUAUAGUGAGGCUGCAUGACAGUAUUUCUGAAGAAGGACAUCAUUACCUGGUAUUUGAUCUGGUUACGGGAGGAGAGCUAUUUGAGGAUAUCGUUGCCAGGGAAUAUUACAGUGAGGCAGAUGCAAGUCACUGCAUUCAGCAGAUUCUUGAGGCAGUUCUGCAUUGUCACCAAAUGGGAGUUGUGCACAGAGACCUGAAGCCAGAGAAUCUACUGUUGGCUUCUAAAUUGAAGGGAGCGGCUGUCAAACUGGCAGAUUUUGGACUGGCCAUUGAGGUGGAAGGUGAACAGCAGGCAUGGUUUGGGUUUGCAGGCACACCAGGUUACCUCUCUCCUGAAGUUCUUAGGAAAGAUCCCUAUGGAAAGGCAGUUGAUCUCUGGGCCUGUGGUGUUAUCCUUUAUAUUUUGCUUGUUGGCUACCCACCAUUCUGGGAUGAAGAUCAGCACAGACUAUACCAGCAGAUCAAGGCUGGUGCUUAUGAUUUCCCUUCACCUGAGUGGGACACAGUGACCCCAGAAGCUAAAGAUCUCAUUAAUAAGAUGUUGACUAUUAACCCUUCCAAGCGAAUCACUGCAGCAGAAGCCCUGAAGCACCCAUGGAUCUCACACCGCUCCACAGUGGCUUCCUGUAUGCAUAGACAGGAGACGGUUGACUGCCUGAAGAAGUUUAACGCCAGAAGGAAGUUAAAGGGGGCAAUCCUAACCACAAUGCUGGCGACUCGUAAUUUCUCUGGAGGAAAAAGUGGUAGCAACAAGAAAAACGAUGGCGUAAAGAAACGAAAGUCCAGUUCCAGUGUCCAGUUGAUGGAAUCUUCAGAGAGUACAAAUACCACAAUUGAGGAUGAGGAUACUAAAGUAAGGAAACAAGAAAUCAUCAAAGUGACGGAACAGCUUAUAGAGGCAAUUAGUAACGGAGACUUUGAGUCUUACACCAAGAUGUGCGAUCCUGGAAUGACCGCCUUUGAACCUGAAGCUCUGGGAAACCUGGUUGAGGGACUGGAUUUUCAUCGCUUCUACUUUGAAAAUUUGUGGUCACGUAGUAACAAACCACUGCAUACCACCAUCCUGAAUCCACACAUCCAUCUAAUGGGAGAGGAAUCUGCCUGUAUUGCCUACAUCCGAAUCACACAGUACCUUGAUGCUAGUGGCGUCCCUCGCACUGCGCAAUCAGAGGAGACUUGUAUCUGGCACCGCCGGGAUGGAAAAUGGCAAAAUGUGCACUUUCAUCGUUCAGGGGCCCCUUCUGUUCUCCCACACUGAAACUCCAGCGCGCAAUAUGGGCUUGUAUCUACUCAACUGAACGAGGAUACCACCUUGAGUUUUCUGCACCUACCCCCUCUACAUUUAUCCCUCACCCAUUUGCUCAGCUAGGCCUGAGUACCUCUCUAUUUAUUUUACUGUUGAGGGAUCAGGUGACUGAGAUAUCCAUUGUGUGAUUGUAUGUACAGCUGUGAGUAUGCAUGUCCAGUUUGCACAACGUGUCACUCAUUUAAUGAGGGAUCAAGGAAAGAGGGGUGUCUCUUCUCUGGACAUGGUUUUAUUACAUGUAGGGUUCUUCAUAAUCCGUUUAUGGAUAGCACUGUUGCAACAACAAAACAUACUACCAUAAGAACUUUUUUUUAUUUUAUUAUUAACUCCCAGAACUCUGGGUAUUUUUUUAUUUUUUUUUUACAGAGGUUGGAGCUUAAAUUAUACUUUCUGGUCAAAAAGAAAUAACACAUCUAGAAGGACCAAUAGCACAUUUUUCAACAAUGCUUGGCAGAUCCAUAUUCUUAUAAUAACUUUAUUAACUAUCAAACCAAUAGCACAAAACUCGUUGAAGAGACUUCCCUACAUUUUUUUAUGUCAAGAAACUUAAAUACUCAACAAUUCACAUUUUGGUUAACCUCAUAUACAACACCAGAUAGAUGCUCUGCAUUCCAUUUUCUUUCAUUUGAAAUCAGAGCUCUGUAAGGAUGCCUUAUUCACACAGUGCACCCUAUGAAGUUAUUUCCAAGGUUACCAGACAACAGUUGGAUUUAGCUAUAUGUGUAAUACUGUAAUAAGACUUGUCCCUUGCUGUUUCUUUCAGGUGCAGUUUCCAACUGGAACUUUUAAAGAGAAUGUAUAUUUAUUUAUGAGCUAAAGGUUUGAUCCUAUUCUGCUAUGGAGAUGUAAAGCAAUGUAUGGUGAUGCUUUGCAUGAUUCUCCAGCAAAGAAUAGGUUAACAAUAAAAAAAAAUAGUUUAAAAGUGCAGACAGAAAAUGCAAGCUAUAGUAAUAAUAAAUAUAUAUAAAUAUACAUAUAUAUAUAUUUUGUGGGAAUAAUUCUUCAUUGUGUUAAGGAAGCGUAUUUCUAUUGCAAAGCUAUAAUAUGCAUGAUUUUUAUAUUUAUAGUAUUUUUUGUUAUUUAUUUGCAAAAUGUUCAGAGGUGUUUUUUUUUGUUUGUUUUUUUUCGGUUGGAACCAAACAUAGAAUCUCUCUGUUCUGUGGUUAGAUGGGGUACUGCUUGCUCUUUACCGUUUUUGGAAAGUUUGAUUUGUCAAUAUUUGUAUAGUUUUACAAUGACGGAAUGCCGUAGGAGGACUGGGGUAAUUUUGCAAUAUAAUGGGUUUAACUUGUAGUUUUCUUCUAUUGUAGUGUUCUAAUUUUACAAAUCAAUUUAAUUUGUUAAUCACUUUUUUCAUAUAAACUUGUUGUAAAGAACUUAAUAAAUGUGCAGGAUAUUGUUAUCUGCUUGAAGAUGGUUUGUAAAACAGUGAUUAAGUCUGCGCCAAAUAAAGGUUGUAAGUAGUUUUAUGUGAAUAACCAGGCAAGAACUGCAUAGGAGUCUUAUUUCUUAGAGUCACUUUCCUAGCUGGUCAAAUAAUACAACUUUGCAAUAUACUCCCAAUUAUUUUAUAUUGUGUUCUGUCCACGUAUUUGCCCAGCUCAGCCAGUUAGAAAUUGUACUGAGGGAUGUAUAAGCAGGUGGGAAGUGUAAUGUAAGGUCUGGGAAUUACUAUUUAAUAAUAAUAAUGUAGACAUUAUGAAGAUCUAAGCAGAUGACUUUCUUUUGUAUUCUUAGCAGUUCAGAAUAAUUAGCCUGCAAUACUAGGUAUUUUCAUGUUUUUAGUAUAUUGAAUACAAGAGGCUACGCCCUACUAUUUAUGUGGAGGAACUUGAGUUGUAUAUUGAAUAUGUGUUUUAAUGCUAAAAUAAUCUGUACCAGAGAGGAAAAUAUUUUCUAUUUUAAACACAAAUUAAGCAUCCUAUUUUAUGUUUUUAAGAAGACCCUGUCUCUACUUGCACAAAAGCAUACAUUUUUGAUGUAUUGUUUUUGUUUUUUUUGAGGAUGUGUGUAAAAAUGAACGAUUUAUUAAGAUUGUGUUAACUUCUUUGUUGGUGUUUGAUGAAUUCAACUAACCAAUACUGGAGAAGAUAUUAUUUUAUAAAAAUGAAUUAUAAAUCCACCAUUUCAGCUGCUACUUGAUUGCUCUCCAGGUUAAAUAAUUGACGUGUUCUGGAGAUUAUCCCUGUAAGCCUUUAUGUUGUUUUGGUUUUUUUUUUCCUCUUGGUUUUCUGAGUUUUUAUUGCUUAAUGGAUUGGGAAUUCUAGAAUACAAGAAAGUAAUAUUGGUCAUGAAGAUGGAGGACACUUUACCUUUUUUUCCAUUUAAAAGUGAAAUUGACUGAAAAUGAGGACACUUUUUAAUGCCAGGCCAAAGGUUCAAGUUAACUUCAGUUUAAAGAAGCUGCAUUGCAAGAAAACUAUGUGUGCCCAUUUAACAGUAUGCUUGAUUACCCCAUGCUCACUACAUCUAGUAGGUUAAGGCUUGCAUGGGGUUUAUGUCGCCUACCCUUGGGCUGUGCCAAAUGUCUCCAAAGCUGGACAGAUUUGCCUUCAGUUUGUGGGAUUAUUUAUGACAUAAGGUUGUCUACAGAAUGUCUUGUUUAUAGUCUUCCGAUUAUUGUAUUUAAUAAAAGAUAUAGUGUUUUACCUCUUA